GAUGUGCGUGAAUAUAUAAGUAUGAGUGAAGCGCAGCAGUCGAGGAAAUACCAGCGCAAGAUUCGAAACACAAAUAAGUUCCAACUCGUAUAUUCACCUCCGAAACCAAACAAUAUAGCCUGCAUAAACCCAACCAAACCUUCCACUCCGCAAUGUCCUCCAUCAUGAGCCCCCUUCCUCUUGCCACCACUCCCGAAGAGGCCAAAAAGGCUAUCAUCGAGGAGAGUACAGGUUUACGGCUCGCUUACUCCGAGAUCCGCCACUACCUACUCAAAGAACCCCGAUGCCCCGUUUGCGAGCAAACGUUCCUCGACCUCCGCGAGAAAUUCGUCCAUAGUGUAGUCACGAAGGAGAUCUUCUGGGCUCGUGCCUACCUCCGCGCCAUCGACAAGAUCCAUCCUGACAUGUUGGAUAUCAAGCCUUUGCCGCAGGAAGAUUUGUUGCUUCGCGGGAAAAAGUGCCCCUUGUGUACCCUGACGGUUGUGUGGAGGGAGAGGGAAGGAGAUGCGGGGUGGGUGCUGAAGAGGUAUAGGGCGAAGAAUACGUGGGAGAAGGUGCAGGCUAUGAAGGAGCUGCACAUCCAGAUUGAUCCGAAGAAGCAGAAGGCGGAAGAAAAAAGGGUGAAGGAGCUGCUUAAGGAUAACAGUGUCUGAUGAGAAGUGAGGGACCGUCCUGGUUCGAGUGCUGCUAGAAC